CUCGAGUAUAUAAACAUGGAAAUUCUACAUGUGCAGUCGUUUCUUUUAUUGAGCGAACAACUGAGAAGUAUAACUAUUAUAGCAAUGAUGAAUUCUAUCAUCCUGCUUGCCGCACUUGUGUGUGUUUCGUCUGCUUUUCCAGAAUUCACGGUGGAUGUAUUAAGGAAAGAGUUGUCUGCAUUCGGGAGCGGUAACGUCGAAUCGAAUGUAGUUGAAUUGGCAAAGACGCUUAAUCUUAACACUCUUGUUGAACUGAUUACCGUUGCAGAUCUUGCAGAAGAGCUUACGGAUCACCUGACGGUUUUUGGCCCUACUGAUGACGCAUUUGACGAACUUCCAGAGGACGUUAUGGCGGCAAUUAAAAAUGAUGUGCAAAUGUUGACCGAUGUCCUGCACUACCACAUUCUUGGAACCAAAGUCUACUUCAAACAGCUUAAGAAGAACGAGCUUCUUCUGCCAAGUCUUCUAAAAUCAACUUCCGUCCGUAUCAACACCUACGGUGAGCUUACCACGGCAACUGGAUCACCAAUCUCAAAACCAGACAACUGCGCCACUAACGGCGUCAUCCAUGUAGUAGAUCGUGUUAUGUUUCCUAUUCCUAUGAAUGACAUGUUGACUUUAGUAAAACAUAAUGGAAAUUUCACAACGCUACUGAAAGCGAUUGAAGUUUCGGGCUUUGCAGACACACUCAAAGGUGGUCCAUACACUCUGUUUGCCCCAACCAACGAUGCUUUUGAUAAACUUCCACCUGGAACACUUGAUAAACUACUCGGCAACAAAGACGAGCUAUUUAAAAUUCUCUCGUAUCACCUGGUAAAUGGAACGUUCUUUAGUGCUGCAUUAAAACGUGUUGGCAAAGUAAAAACUACCACGACAGAUGACGUCACAAUUAACGUUUCUUCUGAUGGUGGAUUGUCUCUAAACAACAAAGCCACCGUGAUCAUAGCCGACGCUGCAACAACCAACGGAGUCGCGCACGUGAUUGAUACUGUGCUCCUUCCUCCAAACGUGGUGUUCCAGCUAGUGAUGAUAGAUCAGUAAUAUAUUUCUCGUGUGUAUAACGUAAAGCUCCAAAAAUAACAAGAAUAAAUUUCUUUUCGAAAGUGUAUUGUUUUCGUCAUUGUACUUGUGCACAUUGUUAUGGUUUACAUUAAUUCAUCCAGAUAUUAAAAAUAGUAGAACCACUGUAUAGACUUCAUUAUAGAUCAAUGAAAAUGCAACUUUCACUCUCACUUUAUAUUCAUAUGCUUUUUAAAAUAUCAACAUUAGGAUGAACACACAAACAAAAUUGAAGAUACCGAAUUAUUAUUUAUUUGGCUAAUUUAAAACAUAUUAAAAAUAGUAGGACCACUGUAUGACGUAAGGACAUUAUAUAAUA